AUGCUCUCACGUGUUGCUGCAGUGAAGGCACCCCGCACACACAACCGUCGCCGCGUGACCGGAUCCAGCGGAAGGAGGAGGGAGGGAAGAGAGAGUGAGCCGCAGAGGCCCCACAUGUCCCGGCGUGUGUUUGAUUCCGCGGUGUUGCUUCUCCUUUUUGUGAUGGUGUGCUGCAGCGGUGGGACUUCGAACGCCGUGAAGAGUAAUUCGGGGAAUGCGCAAUUGCCUCAUGCGGUCGAUCUAUUUUUGCCGAAUCAGACGCUGGUUGUACCGAAAGACGGAACGUCUCAAGAGACUACGAGGGAAGCAUUUGCUUCACCCUCUCUUGUGAGUGCUGGAGGAGUAAUUGCUGCUUUUGCCGAAGGUCUCAUGUAUGUCGAAUAUGUCGUUGAAGGUGGUAAAGUAAUUGAGCCCAUUUCUUCUGAUGUUGUUGCGGAGUACAUCGACUCUUCGUGGGAUUGGUCCGCUCUUGUUGUCAAGGUGAGUGAAAGUAAAUGGAAGGCAUACACUGUGCUUGGUCCAACGGAUGGAACGGAUAAUGGUGUGGGUUUUUUUUACCACCCCACAACCACCACGAAGGGCAAUAAGGUGUUUCUUCUUGCGGGAAGCCUUGGUGAGCUCAAGGAAAGUGGUGGGAGGAGGACUCGGGACAACCUGGGUCUGAAACUGGUAGUGGGUGAUGUGAGGGAGCCUACGAGCAGCGAGCCGACUGGAAGUAUCACAUGGGGCGAAAUCAAGUCUCCGUUGAAAGAGAGUAAUUUAGCUGCUCACGAAGGUAAAUUGACGGAGCUUCUUGCCGCUGGUGGCUCAGGUAUUCUGAUGGAGGAUGGCACGCUUGUGUUUCCACUGAUGGCGAAGAGCGGAAAUGGUGACUAUUACUCCAUGACCAUUUACUCGAAGGAAGACGGCAAAAAAUGGUUGCUCUCAACAGGCGUUUCCCCUGCGGGCUGCCGUUUCCCCCGCAUCACCGAGUGGGAGGGAUCACUUCUCAUGAUUGUUGACUGCGAGGAUGAACAGAAUGUGUACGAGUCGCGUGACAUGGGGACAGCGUGGACGACGGCAGUCGGGACAAUCCCAGGCGUGUGGGUCAAGUCACAAUCAUUCUUUCGGGAUCUGAGCUUGCGUGUGGAGGCCCUUAUCACCGCAACCAUUGAGGGAAGGAAGGUCAUGCUGUACAUUCAGAGAGGGUACACCUCGGUGGAGAAUGAGGCCAAUGCGCUCUACCUUUGGGUCACGGAUAACAACCGCUCGCUUUCUGUUGGACCGGUUGGCAUGGACAAUGUUGGGAAGGGGGAGCUUGCCGGCGCCCUGCUGUACUCGGAUGGGAGUUUGCAUCUUUUAAAACAGAGGGGCAACGGUGAAGGCAGUGCCAUUUCACUCUCCCGCCUGUCGGAGGAGCUGAAGACGAUCAAUUCUGUCCUGAAGACCUGGGCGCAAAAUGACGCCUUCUUCUCCAAGUUGUCAAUACCCACGGCGGGUUUGGUGGCGGUAUUGUCCGAUGCGGCCAGUGAUGACACGUGGAGCGACGAGUACCUUUGCCUGAAUGCAACGGUGACGAACGCCACGAAGGUCAAGGAUGGGUUGAAAUUGACGGAGCCUGACUCCAGGGCAAUGUGGCCUGUGAACACUUGGGCUAAUAAUGUGCGUCAUAUAUCCUUGAGCCACAACUUCACGCUUGUGGCGUCGGUGACCAUCGAAGAGGCUCCGAGUGAGGACGCUCCUCUACUGGGUGCGGCGUUGGGGGAAACUAAUUCCCCGCUUACCAUGGGAAUCUUGUAUACCGCGGAUAAAGAAUGGGCAACUAUAUUCAAAAGCAAGAAGACAACAAAAAGUGGCACUUGGGAGCUUAAGAAAGAAUACCAAGUGGCACUCAUGCUGCAAGGUAACAAGAUCUCCGUGUACGUUGAUGGCAAGUCGCUGGGGGAGGAAGAAUUGCCGUUACAAAGUGAGAGGCCACUUGAGUAUUUAAGAUUUUGCUUUGGCGCGUGCGGUAUAAAAAACUCUCCUGUGACGGUGGCGAACGUCUUUCUGUACAACCGCCCACUGAAUUCCACUGAGAUGAAUGCAAUCAAGGAAAGGAAACCCAAAGAAGAAAAAGGAAGCGGUGACGGUGAAGAUAAAAAAGGAAGCGGUGACGGUGAAGAUAAAAAAGGAAGCGGUGACGGUGAAGAUAAAAAAAGAAGCGGUGACGGCUCCAUGCGUGAAGGUAUGUCUCGGGUGCUGCUGCUUCUGCUGGGGAUGUGGGGCAUUGCGGCCAUUUAA